AUUGGCGGAAGGUACCUAAAGUUGGGAUUAUUCUGAAAUAAUCGAUAGUUGGGAUUAUUAUAAGCGGACCGCCAAUAGUUGGGAUUAUUACAAUCAAUUUUUUCUAGAAAAUAAUCAUUGGGCUUAUAGUUUAAAAUGGUUCCAAACUUUUUUGCUGAAGAGAAUGAAUUUCCGGCCAUUCAGCCGCCGGAAUCCACAACCUUUAUUCAAGGAUAAUCGAUACAACACACAAAGGUUCAUACUCUACUCCAGAGACAGGGAUUUUUCACCACUUCCGCAGCCCCAAUCCAGGGGUAGAAUCACAAAAUAUGAAGAGGAAGCGCCAAGAACACAAUCUGGUUUUAGCUAUCCUUAUUCAUGCUCAUGCCGCUACAACAGUCAAUCACGCAGGCGCUGGUUUGAAGAAUCCUACCCCAGGCACGGCAAACAGGGAGAACAAACAACCAAUUACGCAGCUCCCUUUCACAAACCCAGGUAUAACAACAACUUCAAAUCCAAUAAGGCAAAGAACGGCUUAGAGGCAGGGAGUCACUUCCUGGUACGGCGAAGAGAGGCUAGGCCACUUCGCCACUCCUUCAACAGCCUCACCACAGCAGAAACUGCAGACGAUUGGCGCGUUGUCAACAACAGGAAACGGUGCCAAUCCGGCCGCCCUCAACACUUCUCCACAGCGCACCGACACACCAUUCCAGAAAAACUCAGAGCUUCUGGCAACUCCAAUCGAUAUCACAGUUUAAUUGAAUUUCCAUCGCAAACAGUUGAAUCGGAUACUCAUCCCUUCAACGAUUAUCGCAAACGUUUGGAUGUGAGAAAAAACCCAAACGUCCGUCUCUCAAAUUCAGGAAACGACGGCAAUAGCACCUUUGGGAACACCAAUGACUAUGGCGGCUCCAACCGAAGACCAACAACCUCUUCGCCGGUGGCUAGACAGCCAAUCGCCGACACUCAUAACCAAGGGACGCCGGAAAUCACAACCAGGGAAAUCGCAAAGUCGAGGGCUCCAUCAGUUACAGCGAGGGGGGCGUCCACCGUUUUGCCAGUCGUCGACACUGAUGGCGUGGGGACUUCAUCAGCUGGAAUGCAUCAAUCCUUCACAUGGGCGGAUCUACUCAAGGACACUGCGGACAAAGGCAAAACCAGCGUACAGGACAUGGAUGGCCCUAAACUUCUGUCUAAAAUCAAUAUAUUUUUUUUAAUUGGAAACAACACCCCUUUGACGAGGCAGGCCCCUCUGGAACCAAAAAUCAAAGCUGUAUUAUGGAAACGGUCACGAGAGAAGGCGGUGAAAAAUUUUCCUUCUUUGGAGAAUAUGGGUUUGAUUCAGUAAAAAUUGAAACUAAAUCUUUUAAAUUCGCAGUGAAAAACAGAGAUUUGGUCCUCUUUCAAUUUAAAAGGUCUCUUCUGCGCAAGAUUCACAUCGGGCUUGAGCUAGUUCCCCAAAUCAUUUCGUUCAUCGCUCAGCUCAGAAAUCGUGGUCAGUCCUAUUUUGAGGAGAAAAGACGAUUUGGAGAUAUCACAAUAUCUGUGGAAAUUAACAGAGUUGGCUACUAUGCGAAAAUGGCUAAACACAAGGGAGGAUCCAUUCAAGUACCAAUGAGACCAAAUAAUUCGAGCCUAAUAAAAUUCCUCAAUAUUUUUGCUAAUUUUGUAGGGCUCUCAAAGUCAGUGCAGGACGACUCAAUCUUUCUUCAAUGUGGGAGCAAGUUAGAGUCGGAGGACCCCACUUCUAUCUCUAAACUGAUUUUAAAUCAACAAAUCCAUGCGAUAGGUACCGAUAAUGAACAUGUCUUCUCAUCCGGGAAACAACUCCAGUUGCCACCAAUCCAGGCUUACUCAUGUGCCUCUGAUGAUUUUGAUCAUUCGGACGAUUCAAUCUUUACAGAUGACUUCUUGGGACAUGCUACUGAAAGCGAUCGUCGCCCUCCUAUUUCAUACCCAAAAGAAAUUAGAAAGUCCAAAUUCAACAAGGAAAUUUGCCGCAAAGCCAAUUUCAUAACCAUGGAAAACUGCCUGCCAACUGAAAACUUGAACCCGCAGCUGAAAAUUUACAAAAAAACUCAGAAGAACAAAAGGCGGCAUAGUAUGAGAACAAGGUCUCAAUCCAGAGACUACCCUUGGGAUUAAUUAUUUUUUAUUUUCUUUUGUUUUUCCUUUUGUAAUGCUUUUCAAUUUUUUCCCCCUUUUUUUCCUCUCUUUAUCGUGUUGUACUGUUUUCCCUUUUAUUAAUAAAAUCCCUUUUGCAAAAAUAAAAUAAAAUAAAAUAAACUAGAAGAGAAUA